CGCGCCGACAUGCGUACGAGUACCAAGUCGGGCCGCAUGAAGAAGGUCGCGUCGCGCAAGAAGAUCAUCCUCUUCCACCCGGACGACAUCACAACCAAGGACACGUACGCCGGCGUCGACCUCGAGCACCUCUACGACCUCACCAUGUCGUCCCGCGGCGCGGCCGUGGCCGCCCCGGUGCCGCACCGUGUGAGCCACUGCGCGACCGACGUCAUGGACGACGAGAGCAGCUACCGCGUUCCGUCCAUUUGCCAGGACGACUUCGACAUGCUUCAAGUCGAUGACUGCCCGAUCCUCGAGGACGAGCUCUUCUCUUCGCGGCGCAACACCCGGCUCCGCCGCCGCAGCCUCUUCCCCACCUUCUUCCAGCGCAUGUUCUCGCGCCACCGCACGCUGUGGUAGCUACUGGUCGCCAGCCUUUCAUUGGAAAAAGGAAGCGACGUUGAUUCGUAUUUAAGUUAAUUUAUAGCGCCGUGUACUCGGAAA